UUCAUGGAUAGAACUAAAGGAGUCUAGGUUUCACCGGGAGUCUGUUGUUAUUGUGUUCACCAAAUACUGUGUUCCUCGUCCUUUAGGACGACCUCACUUCAUCUACUGGAAACCUUCAAUAAUCAAUCUUCUGCAAAAUUCCAAUAACCGCACCUGCUCUCAAAAAUAAAAAAAAGGAAAAUAAACUUCUGUGAAAUCCUGAUAUUGUAAAAUUUUGUGAAAAUGGAUACUUUGAAUAUGCGUUGUAUUGCCUUCCUGAUGGCGUGCUCAUGUCUACUUAAAGUGUCAGUGGUCUCAGCAUUCGAAUGUCCAACAGUCCGAAAUCAACUAUUAAUCGCGGAUCCUGAUGACUGUCGAAAGUACUAUCAUUGUUUAUCGGGUGGUCGAGUCUUCGUCAAAUCCUGUCCCAAAGACUUGGUAUUUGAUCCUAAACAGAAAGUAUGUGUGUGGGAUUCAACUACUUCAUGUUUAACAGCAACUCAGCAACGAGAUGUAGAAAAUUACGUUGACAACACGAUCGAUCACCUCCCUAAAACAGAAAACCAGAAACCUGUGGUACGAACUACAAAAAGGGUACCGAGAACGAGACGAACUACGACUAAACGACCCACUACGACUACUAGACGACCAACAACUACUACCACAAGACCGACCACAACCGAGGAGUCAGCUGACCUGCUCAGUUUUGAUGAAUCUAUAAAGAUCCACGAGAAUGAGAUGCUGAAUGGUGGUGAUUACCCGGAUAUGGCUUUCGAUCUGAAUGAUUCGCUCGAGACUAAUUCUACAGAAGAAAGUAACUCGACGUCUCUGGCAUUCGACAAUGAAGAAAUACAGUCUGGUGAUUCAGCAACUAAACAAAUCUCUGGCCAGGAAGACGAAGCCUUAGACAACUACAGCAGCUUCCUUUUCUUCCCCAACAGUCGAAUUGUAAAACGAGCUGCAGGUGUCCGACCAGCUACGUUCGCAUACAAGAUUGCCUGUCCUAAUGCCUUCGCUUAUGUUGUUGAACCCGAUAACUGCGACACGUUUUACCAUUGCAAUAACUGGAAACCCUUUCUUAAAAGAUGUCCACCCGGACUUCAUUUUGACGCAACCAAUCUCGUAUGUAACUGGCCUCAUAAUGUAAACUGUUUUGAUGGUAAACGAGCCAAUACUUACUUCGCUUUUAAUCAAAUGCGGCUUCAGAAAUUUAGAAAAGAACCAAAAAUGGAAGGCAAGGAAACACCCGAGGGCGAACGAUACAAAGCUAAACCAUCGAUUCACCGAAAACCUUUAGAAAAAGACAGCAAAAUCAGUGCCAAACGAACAGCAAAGACAACCACUAAAAUCUCCAUAACAACGGAAAGAUCAACCCCAAAGACAACUUUAAAAGAUUUGACAACUACCACAGCACCCGAAGUUUCAACAGAAACCCUUGACCAUACAGCGGAGAAAAAACCCGUUCGAAUUUUUGUACAACGCAAUUCACAGAAAAAGACAAGCCUUAAAGUCACCGAGAAGACCACUACACCAGCCACUACUGAUGCACCAACAGCAAAGACAACACGAAUGAACAGGUACAAGGGACACCGCAACAACAAACAAGAUAUGUUCCUCUUCAGUACCAACAACAGACACAAAUCUACUCAAGAUACCACAUUCACUGAAGCUAGAUCAAGUGUUCGUCCGACUUUAAGAUCGAAAGUAAAUCCACGAUACACAAUGCGUUAUUCAAACAUUUAUGAAGAUUCACCUAGGAUGAACCCUUUCACCAGACCUAGCUUUGAAAAACUGGAAGCUCUUAGAAGCAAGAAUAUCCAGCUGAACAAAUCAAAGCCAUCUAUAAUCCUAGUCGAUAACACGCCCACAUUUGCAGAUACUUAUAAAACAACUGUUUCCAAAGACGCUAAGGAUAAGUACGGAAAAGUUAACAAUACUCAGAAAUUCAGAACUUCAUCUUUCAAGCCACAAACAUCCCCAGCUGUAAGUUUCAGAACAUCCACCCUCGAUUAUACAGCCACGUCACCCACUGAAGACAAAACAGCCACCAGCUUCAAGGCCUCCAGCAUUAAGCCCGACUCCACAACAACCCCACCCGCUAAAUCCACGUCCACUGAGAAGUCUACCACGGACUUCACGUCCACUGACACGCUGGCCACUCACGUUAAAGCUGUGCAAUAUGCUAAUAAACCGAUAAACAUGACCAAAAAUAUGAAGAUAGAACAGGCCCUAUCUCACCUAGAACCAUCCAAGCACAUCCCCAAUAGUGUAAAAACUAAGACUUCGACAACAGAAUCAAUUGAGGCCACUGACGUGUCAACCACUGAAGACAGUAAAUCUGUGUCAUUCUUUACAUCUACUGAUAAAACAACGACCGACAACUCCUCCGUAACUAAUUCCACAAAUCAAACAUCAAAUAGUUUCUUAUCUACGUCUACUAUCUCCACGGACUUUCUUGCGACUGAUAAUACCACGGAUGCCACCAACGUAACUACUAAUGCGACCGAUUCCAUUGAAAUGAUCAAUGGAACGCUUUCAGAACUAAACACGACAUUAGAUAGUGGCAAUGGUACAUUGGACUUCAACGAAACUCUUUCGGUCAACGUUACCAGUUUUCGCGCCAAUUUAGAGGAUCUUAUAGAUACUUACCAUGCUAACUUCGACAAGGUUGGUACCAGAUCUGAGGAUAAAGACGACGACAAGAAGCAUUCUUUUGACGCUGGCACCAACGACACAUAUGAACAUCAAACCGAGGAUGACGUACCGGUAUCGUUUACUGCCAGGACAAACACAGACAGAAGCGCCAUGAUGGUCCAGGGCGAGCAGGGUGUUAAAGAAGAAGUACAGAUUGAGAAAUUUAUGAUUAAAAUGUUAAACAGUGCCUUCAAUCCAAAGCAGAAUGAACACGAUGAUAGCGAUUUAACAGAAAACGACAAUAUGGUUGAUGGCGAUUUAAAUGAUACACCUACAGAUACUGAUCGCGGCUUUAAACAAAAGUCUGGGAAAUGGGUUCUUUUCGGAAAUGUUGAUAAAAAAGAACCCAGAAAAAAGGACAAGUCAAACAAAACAAGCAUUCGACUAACCAACACCGACACUGUAGAAGACACUAGUGAUGGCGAGUCCGUCAUUGAGGAAGAUUUAAUCGCAGCUAAAAAUCAAGAAAUGUUUAUAGAAGAUAAUAAUAUCAAUAGUAUUGACAACGUAGAAUCUUCGGGAGAUGUGGACAACUUCCAUAACAGCAUCAUGAUUGAUAAUACAGACAGUGAAACUAAAAUGGUUGAAUAUAUUUCAACUGAUGAAGAAAAACACGAAAAUCUUCGCAACAGAAACUUCUUUGACGCUCCUCUACCAACUCUACCUAACAGUAACGGGACACAAGAAAAUGAUAAUGAUUCGAAAAACGCUGAACUGAACACAGUGGUUCAGGUUAAUAAGAAACCCGACGUCGCUACGAAGACAAACGUCACCGAAACCGUGGUCAUAACGAUUAAAAAGGUCAACAAAGACCAAACAAACGAUUCUACAAAUCACACUUCAAAAGCUCCCAAACCAGAGUCCACGACAAAAACUGAAGUACAAACCUCUACUGAUUCAGAUUCUGGAUCCACAGAAAACACCAAAACCUCCCCGGACGCUACUACAAUGGGAUCUACUUCUUCUCCUAUCGUUGAAUCUGAAAACAAAACUCUGAACUCUAGCAGUGAAGAUGUUGUUUUAACAAUUGAAGAGUCUGUAAAUGGCACCGAGCUGAUCAUGAAUGAUGAGGCCCCAGUACCAGUCGCCCUGAAAAUUGUUAAGAUCGACAAAUCCACAACAGAGGAGUCUCUUACAACCACAGGUUCGGCACAAUCCGAAUCAACAACAGAGUCUUCUGAGUCAACGACAGAUGGUCUAGAGUCUUCAGUUUCAACAAAGGAUUCUUCGGAAGCUACUACAGUGGUUCCCAGUGAUGGAGGUACAAACGACACAGCCAAGACAGUGACUGUUAAAACUACGGCUAAUGUAACUGCAGCAGCAGUAGCAAAGAAUGCCACAGAUACAAUUCAAUCUAAGGCUACAAUGAGGUCGGUGAAGUCCGUCACGGGACGGGAUGGCACAGUCAGCGAGGUCAAGUUGGUAGACGAUAAAACAGUCUUUUCUGGUGAUACACCAGAAGACGGCAAGAAGUCAUUCAUUUCCCUAAGUGAUCUUAUUAAGUGGUAUCUUCGACACUGGAAGAAUUAUUCCCAGUGGAAAGGUAAAGUUGAGGAGGGUAUACCCACCAAAGCGUCAUAAUAAAACCAACAAGAGUUUACAUUAUGAUGUUAAAAUGAUUUUCUUCUCUUUUUAACUUUCAAUUUAAGAAAACCACACGCCGGUUGUUUGAGUGCCAUGCUUCUUUUGAAUAAGUUGAUCUAUAAAUAUAUAUAAAUACAAAGCACUAAUUUGCUACUUUUACUUGAACGAAAAGGGGAGUUUGUAUGUUUUGUGGUUUAUUUUUAAUAUAAAUACAUUUGUAUAUCAAUUUUGUCAACUUUUAUGUACAAACAAAAUAUUAAAGCUUGUUCUUUUCUAUUGAUAAAUAAAGUUAUUUCCCCUGGACAUAACUUUGGAUGCUUUGGUCAAAAUUCUUACAUACAAACAGUAAUUGUUAGACCGAAAAUUUACGGAAGAGAACUUAAUACUCUUUGCUGAAAAAGGCGGUGAUAACUCUUGGUUUGUAGCCGUUAUUAAUAUUUUAAGAUUUUGUACAUUAUAAGGAGAUGGGUUCGAAAUUCUGUCCAAUCUAAUUAACAUUUGACCUUGCUUUCGGGUCUUUUAUUGAUGUCUUGACAUUUACUCUACAGUGAGAUCUAACAACAUCUUUGUGUUCGAUUUGCCUGAUCCGAUCGUUCAUUUAGCCACUGAACAGAUACUUUGGCUUAGACUAGAAUGGUUUUGGCCAGUCAGAGACAAUUUGAAAGAGACUAUGCCAAAGAAAUCCUUAGAUCGCCAUGCCGUGUUGGUCAACCAAAAUUUCAACCCGAAAUGAAAGAAAGGUCUAAUAUUAAUUGGAUUGAAGUUUUAUCUUUUUUUUUGAAUAAAAAAACGAAAUAUUAAGGCUUUUAUUUGAUACCAUUUUGUAAUUUCUUACUCUAUUUCUACUUAAGUGUAGUGCUUUUUGUUUUGUUGAUUUGAAGGGAAAUAUUGUAAUGGUUAUAUUUUAUUUUUAUUUGUCACGACAAACUGUAGAUUUGUUUAUUUUUAUACCCUAAUUAAGGCUUCUUAAGUUGUAUUCCUUUUUUUCCACUCAUUUAAUUUUCUGAAUAAAUUAGAAUGGAUUAUUCCAGAUUUCCCCAGCAGUCUAUUUUCGUACACACUACAUUAGUCAGUGUGAAAAACGUUUCGAUGGAAGAUGCCCGAAAAGUUAUAUUAACUCUUUCUGGUUAGACAACUGCACCAGUUUCUCUUUCGUGGUCAGAUUCUCUUGCUCAAUUAAUAUCACCAUAUUCAUAUUCCUAUCACACAAUGUGUUUUAUAUAGUUGCAAUUUUGUUGUCGAUCCCUCUGAUGAUGUUUUGUCCAUGGAAAAAUGAAGAACUGGUUUUCAAAACGCGACAAACACCAUUCCUUUUUUUUUUUUUUUAUCAAAAUCAUUUCCUUGAUUUAGGUCUAAAGGAUAUUGAAUUGGUUGAUAUAAUGUGUUAUUUCGAGUAAAGGUGGGUUAGUCUCUGUAUAAUUAACAUUUUGUUUGGAAAGAGUAAUCGGACUUUGGUCCAUAUAAUCGGUCAUAUCUUAUUAACCCUGGCUUUAUCUACGGGUGUAAGAUUGUCUACUAAGACAGUUCGUCACCCCACAAAACAGAUCAUUCCAUACUAUCUGAUGGAUGUUUGUUUAGUGAAUGGGCCGGGGGGGGGGGGAGCUCCAAAGCAAAGAGUUCUAGUCAUUUUAAACUGUGAUACAUAAUUUAAUUAAUACACCCUUUUUAUUGUCGAAGAAAAUCGAAUGUUUUCCCCAUAAACAAAGUAGGACAUGGUGUUUAUCGCGUUUUUUGAAAAGAGCCGAUCCGAUGCUUUUACUAUAUAUUUGUUACAACACUGAAUUUGCUUUCCCAAUAUUUAUUUAUUUUAUUUUGUAUCUUUAAUCGUGUUUCUAUCAUAUCAUAUAAUAGUAUAAUAUUGUCUUAUUUUGUUAGGACUUGGCAACAUGGGGUUUAGGGCUUAUAACUACUUUAAUAACAAUAUUUUUUUUUUACAUUAAACAUAAAUAUUUGUUUGGCUAAGAGAUAGUUAUAGAUAUGAGUAUUCUGAGCAAUGUUUUAAAUGACGUUUUGGCUUUUAGUAACGCAGUAACAGUACAAUCAUCUGCGCUAAAAUACAAACAUAGAAUAUCAGACUGGACACAAUAAAAUGUGGUCCAAACAGUAUUCAUUAUUGAUCAAUCAAGCUGAUCUAACUUUCACAUUUUAUUUUGGUCGAUUUCAUGCCACCAUGUUUGUAUUCUCUUAGAUUGUUAGUCGUUUAUUUCUCCACGAACAUCGAGGCCAAAUAUACGGUAACCACUGAAACGGAUCUACAUUUAAUGCGAAUGACAUAAUUUGUGUAUUUUGGGUUUGUUUUUUUUUUUUUUUUGUUUUUUUUUUUUGAGGUGGGCCGGGGUAUUAUUAUCGUCUGAUGGUUGUCGCCAUUUUAUUUCACAACCCUAUAUGACGUCAUACUAUUAGAAACAUAAGCUUCGAUCAAUGGGGGAGAGUUUUGUGUUUAUUUCUCAUGAUCUAUACCUAUCUCUGCCAUUUCAAUAAAAGAUCUUUACUCAAAGUACUGAUGUUAAUAUCAAAUUAAGUUACCGUGUGAUGUUUUGAAGGAGACACAGGAAUGAAUUGAUUUAAGAGCGAAAGUUUCAAUACCAGAUGAAACGAAAGAUUCUUCCUUUAUCUGGGAAUGUAGAACAGGAGACGGUAGUUAUACAGCAACUUGUUUAGAAAAAAAAAACUAAGGAUGGAUCAUUGUAAAAAUUGUGGGAGUAUAUUUGUGGUAGCUUAAACUAAAGUAGCUGGACAGAAAUCGAAUCUCGAACCACUUUUCCCCCGUUUAAGAAAAAAUCUCGGCAGUAUCCUAGCUAGGAAUUUGUUAAUGCGUGUGCUCUGGUUUGGAUAAUCCAAGCACAGAAAAUGCGAGUUUGCUAAGUGGGGUUUGGGGCAUGUUCCCUGGAGAUGAUUUCGAAAUUUAUGCGCCAUUUAGUGCACUCUCGAUCCUUUGUUAACUUAACUAGUGUAUCCGGUUCAAAAUUGAUAUGUAAGCAUUGUAAAUACAAAACAAAAGUACAUUUGUAACCAAUUUAUGUGAUUUCGAGGUUCGGACGAUAAUACAGGUGAAUACUGUCUGACUCAAAUUCAGCCCCAAAAAUCAGAUCUUCAGAGAAAGAAAUCGAGAUAAUCGUUGUGACAAAACACUGAUAUUUCGUCUUUAUACAGUAAAAAAGCAAAAAACAUAUGCGAAAUAAAAGAAAAGGGGCAUUAAAAAGAAAUCCGAAUAUUUAUGCAUUUUCCACUCGAUGUUUGAUACUUAGAGCAAUCUCAAAAGAUGCGAAGGGGGCUGGGGAGAUCCUUUUAAAUUGUUUAUUGAUAUUAUUAUUUUUUACUUUAUGUAGCGCAUUUUCAUUGGCACCAAACAAUGCUGGGAGGGAGAGCCCCCCACUUAUAACCUUUUAAGAAUCUGAGAAUAUAAUGAUGAUUUUAAUUAUAUCCGAAAGUGCGCCCAACUCCCACUAAAUGAUCAUUAUGCCCCUACUCCAUCUUGUUUGUAAAAUAUUAUAUUAAAACAAAUUAAUCAAAUUCAAAUUCCCUUAUACGUUGCUGAAGCAGGGUGUGACCCCGACAAUUGCUUCCAGUCAAUGGGUGUGAGACCACUUCCUUCAUAAAAAUAAAAACAAAAGAGAAAGUUGCCGAUUUUUUUCGAUUGUGAUUUAUGUAAAUAAAUACACCGUCAAAAUGAUUGUUCUACAAUACAGACAGAAGAAUCGAACCUGUUUCAUCUGAGUAUAUUGAGCUAAAUGUUUUGGUUAGCUUGUUAAGAAUGCUAUAAAGUUUAAACAGCAGCUGGUGUUUUGUAUAUAAAUCUAUUCCGUAUUUUUGUAAAGAUCUCUGAACAGACUUUCAGUUUGCUUCAACCUUAUCAUAAUUAAAUCCUAUCUAUUUGUAAAUGUUAUAUAAAGCAUAUUAUAAUCUUGUAUUCUUUAAUUAGCUUCCUAGCUGCUCGCACAACCUACUUUAUAAACAGCUUGUGUACUCCUAUGAUAUUAUAGUCAACGUGAACAGUAAACGCUUUGCUUUAUAACUUUUUUUUCAUUAUAUUGUUCAAAAUGUUUUUUUGCUCCCCAUUAUUUGGUUUUAUAUUUGGUGUUUUUCAAUUCGACCCGAUUAAAGUGUUCACGACAAA